AUGAAAUAUACAAUUGCUCUGUGUCUGGUGCUAGUCGCCGGCUGUAAUGCCUUCAUCUCCACCAGGGAUGUUGACUUUUUGCCAUUCAUGAAACUUCAGCAUAGUGCCAUGCGCAGGUUGAUCUCGGCGCAAGCUGUCAACGAAGAUCCCGAUUUGCUCAACAAGUGUUUCGGUCAAUAUAUCGUCGAUCAGCAAACUGUUCUGGCUAACUACAACAAAUGGUACACCGGCUGCGUGAACACAGCUCAAGAGGACAAAAAUGAACUGACCGCCCAGACGGCUGAGAUACGCAAGGAGCUGCUCUCCCGUAGCGAUGGCAUGUGCAGCAGCCUCAGCAGCUGCGAUUCACACGUCGAUGGUCUCGAGUUCUUCGAUUGCUACCGUAAUGCGUCCGCAGACAGCUACAAAGUGAUGUUCACAUUGAACAGCGAUGCGAAUAUUCAGUUCAAUACGAUUUCCUCCAAGUACGAUAUCAUCAAUUUCGAUCUAAAAACAUGCGUAGAUAAUGCUCGCCUGGAUUACGCACGCGAUCUCGAACAAUGUGAUGCAGAUUUCAAUAUUUGCAUUAGUGGUGGCGUGACUGAAGAACCAACCACCGAGAAACCAAUAAUUACUACCGCAGGGCCAGUCGUAACUACCGAGGGUCCAGUUGUUACUACCGAGGGUCCAGUCAUCACUACCGAGGGUCCAGUCGUUACUACCGAGGGUCCAGUCGUCACUACCGAGGGUCCAGUUGUUACUACCGAGGGUCCAGUUGUUACUACCGAGGGUCCAGUCGUCACUACCGAGGGUCCAGUUGUCACUACUGAGGGUCCAGUCGUCACUACCGAGGGUCCAGUUGUUACUACCGAGGGUCCAGUCGUUACUACCGAUGGUCCAGUCGUUACUACCGAGGGUCCAGUCAUCACUACCGAGGGUCCAGUCAUCACUACCGAGGGUCCAGUCAUCACUACCGAGGGUCCAGUCAUCACUACCGAGGGUCCAGUCAUCACUACCGAUGGUCCAGUCGUUACUACCGAUGGUCCAGUCAUCACUACCGACGCUCCCGUCGUCACUACCGAGGCUCCCGUCGACACUACCGAAGCUCCAGCUGAGCCCGAGGUAACCACAACAGAUAAGAUGCCAGAAGAGGAUAUCCAUAUGAUGCCGGUAACCUUCAGGAACGCUAUGAAUAAGCUGAAGCGUCUGUUUUAA